AUGUCAGAUCCCGCUCGCGGCACCGUCCCCGAUUUGCAGGUCUAUGAUGACCCCGCCUGGAGCGGGAGUGGAGACGCAUGGAAUGGUUGGCCUGGAUCCACGUGGGAUGACUCUUGGUGGGCGCAAGGACACUCUGAUGGUCAGCCGCUGAAUGGUGUCGCGGCUGAGGGGAGCUCAGAGGUCAUGGCGACCACACAGAGUCCUGGACGCAGCGCCAGACGGCGGCACUACCUCCUGUCCGAGCACGACGCCCUGGAGUCAGACGACGGCACCAGUGGUUGGAAGCUCAGUGACUACGCCCGCGACUACGGCACCGCCUCCUCCGAUGGCAGGUUCACUGGCUACACCGUCGAGUCCCCCCACGGCGAGUUUGAAUGGGACUUCAUCGACGAAUCCGACGAGUACCAGUGCAGGGACGACGUCCACGACCUCUCCGCCGACGGCCCCAACGGCACAUCGCGGCUGGCGGAACCCCUACUCCUCCUGACGCGACCUCAUGGAGCACCUCCGGUUGGGGAGCCAGAGAUUGGCAUGGGACCAGCUGGAGCUUGGGACUGGAAUGCAUCAGCGUCGAGUUGGUCCUCUGGCUCUGGUGGCUAUCGAGGAGACUAUGGAGAUCCUCCUGGUUGGCCUGGCUGGGCACACCGUCGCUACUGGGUGACCGCCAUUCGGCGCUGGGACAAGACGUCUGACCUUCCCGUGCCUCGCAAGGCGGAGAAAGUCCUUCGAUCUCUUGGAUGGGAGAUGCAGCCUGACUUCGAGCAUGUGCCAGAGACCGUGCUGAACACCUCGGCGUACCUGGACGUGAUCAUCGAGAUCAUCAACAACAAAGCCGGCGUCCGGGAGGAUGAUGAGAAACGUCGAGCUUUCAAGUCAGCAAUCGUUGACCAGCAUCGACAUCGAGAAGAGUCCCUGUCUCAGUUCGCUGUCAGGCGACAGAAAGAGUUCAGCAAUGCCGCCGCCUACGGUGUGAUCAUCCCGGACUCGUUCAAGGCGACAAUGCUCCGAGAGGGAGCCGGUCUCAACGACCAGAACCAGCAGAACUUGACCGCAUUGCUGCAAGGUCACGAUGAGGACCCCAACGCUGUCGCUCGAGCUCUCGCACGACUGGACGUUCGUUCAGAUCGUAUGGCAGCGUACGUUGAGCCUCACUCCAGCACCGACAGCUUCGCGUCCACCGUCGAGGAGAACGAUGACGAGGAGGAAGACUCGCUUGAUGAGGCUGAGCUCAUGAAGGAGCUCGAACCACUUGACCUGACAGAGGACCAAGUAAACGAGGUCUUUGCGGUUUUGGAGAACAAGAAGAGGAAGCCUCGCACCUGGAAGGAGAAUAAGCUCUUCAAGGCCGAGAUGCGCAAAGAAAGGACCUCCUUCGUGAAGGGUGACGACAAGACGCCCCAUGGACGUAAGCCAGAUGGGCACUUCCGCGGCCGGCGGAAUGCUCUCAAUCGAGAGCAACUCAAGAAGAUCUCCCGAUGCAAGCUCUGCCUCAAGAAGGGCCACUGGGCCGAGGACUGUGACAUGAACAAGGCGAACAAGAAGUCAGCACCACCGUCAGCCUUCUCCUACAGCAGCAGCCAGAAUGGCCCAUCUCAAAGUGCCUUCUCAUACUGCACCAUGUCGUUGCUUCGAGAAUCACUGUCCGAGGUUCUUGCCACCGGUCAGAAGUUAGAGGCACAAUGGAACUUUCUGACGAUCCCCUCGGGUGACGCGAUUCUGGACAUCGGUGCAACCCAGGACUUGAUCGGUGAGACGGCCUUGUCCUCCAUGGCACACCACCUGAAGCACCUGGGCUUGCAAUUUGUUGAGGUCCACUUACGGAAGCUCAGUGCGAAGCUGCCACUGAAGCGUUUGAGCUCUGGACACCGCACCAUGCAGCUGUUCCAGUGGACGAAGGGCGAGCAUUUUCCUUUGCCCCCCGAUCUGAUGAAGAAGUAUCAGCUCGAAGAUGGAUGUUUCGACCUCUCAAACCCCUCCGCGUACAUGAAAGGGAGCCAUUCACAGCACUACAUGUCUGAAGCUCGACCAUUUCUAUGGGCAAUCGACCUACUGCCACAUCCAAAUUCGAAGCUGUUCCUGCCUCUCAUGUCGUACGGGUCUCGCCGGAACCCACAGGAGCAGCAGCUGGAGGAGCGAUGGACCGCCCUCAUGAACUCCCUUCUGGGGAAGGUGGAGUCAAAUCGCCAGGCCUACAAGCGCUUGGUGGCUGCCGAGCUGAAGACGAAGAGCACCCUGUCCAAUCGCAAGAAGUAUGUGGAGGCAGAGAAUCAAGCCCCGGGGCGCUGUCUGCACCCCGAGAAUCAAGUUGCUUCCAGAGCGAACCAGUACGCAUCCUGGACCGCGUGCCUCCAGUGCGGAGCACGCCUGAGCUAUGCCUCCAAGAAGGGUCGGGGAACUUCGUCAACCUCUCCAAAAGCGAAGGCCAAGGGCACCACGGCUAUGCCUCCUCGAUCAACGACAACCUCCGGCCCUGUUCCGAUUCCCAGCUCCCUGGCGGCCAGUGCCUCCAACGAGGCGACACAGAUCGUGGGCGAGGCGAUGAACAUCCUGCAGGUCCAGAACACGCAGCUGGCCAAUGCUCUGACGCAGAUCAAUCAAUCAUUGCAGCAGUUGGCGCACGGCCAGGGACAGAUGAUCAUGAUGGCGAACACCAAUGCCGCCUACCCUGCUCCUCAGACUGGCCUCUAUCAUCAGACGCAGGGGCAGAUGCCUUCGGAGAUGCAGGUCGACAUGAUGUCAGAUCACUGGUCGGCGACCGAGGUGGACUGGUCCAACCUCCCAUCGAUUCCCACGGCAUCCCCGGAGAGCAAUCUCACCGACACCGAGGGAGAGAAUCAGAAUCCCAACAUCGAGUCUCCGGCUUCGCCACAGUUGCAGCACUAUUUGGAGGUGCAUGGGGUUGGCAGCUCUUCUAUGAUCUUCCACUAUGACCUUCGCGGGGAGUACGUGAGGGAGGAAGCUGACCCUGAGCAGGUCCACGCUGGCCCUGAGCAGGCCCACGGCGAUCAUGACCUUCAGCACUCCGGCCCUGAGCAGGCCCAUGGUGUACGAGCCCUUCGACGUCCCGGCCCUGAGCAGGCCCUCGGAGGACUACGUCAAGUGCCUGAUGGCGAUCUUGCGGCUCAGGAUCGUCCACCUUGGCUGCCAACGGCUCUCCUUGGGAAGCGUCUGAGGGGAGCAUCUCAAGCUCCACCUGAUGAAUGGGAUGUGGUGUGGUGCAGGGUUCUGGAGGAAUCCUCUGGCCACUUGCUGGUGAACAUGCCGACCAUCGGAACUACUCUUCCGGAGGAAGCCUAUCAAGAUGGCUUCAUCACGGACAUCUGGGGUGCUCCUCGUGACUUCUUGACUAGGUUGACCUUGGCGCGACCAGACAGCCCCAUUUUGAGCUUCGACGCAACUGGUCAUGCUAGUCCAGCUGGACCCUUUUGGGCUUUCGAGGUGCCACAUUUUGAUGAACCAGCGGAAGAGACUUUGACUGAGAUGAGCAAUCAGGGACACCAGACUGAUCUCCUACGCUGUCACCGCAACCUCACCUGGCUAUCUCAACGAGCUGUCCAUCAAGGCGGUGCAUCGCUGGACUUCGUGGAGCUCUUCUCUCCGGCUCGGGUGGCCCCUCUGGCCCAGAAGCUUGGACUCCGGGUGGAUCUUUCCCAAGUCUAUGACAUCAAGGGUGGAUGGGACGUGAGAAAGAAGUCCAACCGACAGCUGUUUAGGAAGAGACAGCACACCCAGAAGCCGAAGAUGCUGAUGGCUUCUCCGGAGUGUCGCGCCUUCACCCAGCUCAGGUACAUCAACCAGGACCGCACCUCGCCCGAGGCCAUUCGUGCCACACUAGCUGAAGGACUGCUGAUGUGGGACUUCAGUCUUGAGGCGAUCAAGGAGCAGAUUUGCCAAGACAACUACUUCGCCCUUGAACAUCCUGAGUGGGCGGCUUCUUGGACACUACCGCAGUCACAACAGCUCGUGCAGAGACCGGAGGUGUGCCUCAUCGCCUUCGAUCAAUGUAUGUUUGGCUUGUCAGUCGUCCCGGAUGGGACACUGAGCCGUAAGGGCACCAAGAUGGCCACCAACAAUCCCUGGCUCGCCUUCGAGCUCUGCAUGGCCCAGUGCCGAGGAGAUCAUGAACACCGACCUCUCAUUGGAGGACUUCCUCAACAAGCACAAGAAUAUCCUAGAGCACUGUGCAUGGCAAUCGCCCGCAGCGCUAAGGCGGCCUCUAUGGGAGCACCAGCUCCUUCCUUCAUCGCCGACUAUGAGCCCACGGUGGGACCAAGCUGGAACUGCAGCUUCUUCGGUGAGGAGGAAGACGACGAGGAAGAAGCGCCGACGCGCUUGGGAGAAGAGGAAUCCGGUGAGAUCGAGAUCGAGAAGAACCUUCCUCAGGCAACGGCCAGUCAGAGAAGGCUGGUACAGAAAGUCCAUGUCAACACAGGACACCCUGAUCGAACACGAAUGCUUCGGGCUUUCAAGGCAGCAGGAGCCCUGCCACAGAUCCUGCGAUUCAUCAAGGAAGAGUUUUCAUGUGAGGACUGCAACUUGAAGCAGGGGCCCGAUGUCAGGCGACGGGCUCAACUGCCACGGACAUUUGCGUUCAACAAAGUUCUUUGUUUGGACUUCUUGUUCGUCAAGUUCAAGGAACAACGCAUUCCCAUUUUGAACAUGGUCUGUGGCGGAACCUCAUACCAGAUUGCCGUUCGGGCACCGGUGACCACUACACAUGGAGGUACUCCAUCUUCUGCCACGACCUGGAAGCUCUUCGUGGAGUCAUGGCAGAGGUACUUUGGCAUGCCCCAGCUGGUCGUUUGCGACAGUGGAAAUGAGUUCCGAGGGCUGUUCGAGCGUGGUCUUGAGCUGGCCGGCGUCCUCCAACACGUCAUCCUUCCCGAAUGUCCUUGGCAGAAUGGACGUGCCGAACGACACGGUGGAUGGCUCAAGAAUCGGCUGGACUCAGAGCUGCAUGGUGGACGUUGCAACUUGGAAUCCCUUGAGGAGCUGGACGAGUUUCUUGCAGCAUUGACGUCAGUGAAGAACCGCUGGCUAUGCAGAGGAGGCUACACUCCAGCACAGUUAGUCUUUGGUGAGCUUCCACGCAUUCCAGGAGAGCUGCUGGCUGAGGAUGAGUUGGCCCUCCACGGCAUGCACGAUGCACAUGCGGACCCUCUGGCGGUCGAUGAGGCAGCCGGCGAGUAUCGGAGGAGACAUGAGAUCCGAGAGAGAGCCAGGCAGCUGGCGAUGCAACAGGCAAGCACCGAUGCCAUCCGCAGGUCAGUGCAUGCAGCCACUCAUCAGCAACGAGUUUGGACGCCAGGCCAAUGGGUCUAUGUUUUCCGAAGAGCCAAGCAGAAUCAAGACUUGCACCUGCGCAGCCGUUGGGUGGGCCCUGGGGUCGUGGUUCUGGCAAACAAUGACACUGUCUACGUCGGCAUGCGCUCCAGGCUUUGGCGAUGUUCCCCUGAACAGCUGCGGGCGGCUCUUCCAAGCGAGAUUCUCGGUCGCGACCUCAUCUCGGAUCCUGGACUAGGAGAGCUUCUCCGGCAAGUAGUCACCGGCACGCAGGCAGGAGCCGUGGACGUCUCCAAGGAGGGCAACCCUUCUCCGCAAGAGAUGCUUGGACCAGUGCAGCGUGAUGAACGUGGGGUCAAUCUGGGGCCCGACUCAAGAGUAGAAGAAUGUCAGCUUCCUCUUCAUCAACCGUCGGAGACUGUGCCAGUUGAGGCACCACGCUCACCGACAUGGGUGCCACCGGGCCUGCUGCCUAACGUGACUCCCUUGAGGACGUCCUCGCCUUUGCCGGCCGUUCCAGAAGAAGCAGAGGCAGAAGACCUCCCUCAGCGGGUACCUCAUCCUCCACCUGGUCUCACACCGAACCAGUCAAGGAGGCAGUCCAUCAACGAGCCCGCCUCUGAACCAGCUGCUCCCUCGACGGCUGGGGAAAUUCCAACUAUGACACGUGGCAUCUCCGACCACUCCGGCACUGGGUCAGAUGAGAUCUCUGAGCCUCCCACCAAGCAAGCACGACUGGAUGACGAAGAAGAGGGAACUCACACUCGGGCACCUGGAACUCCGGUCGACCGACUUCUCAGCCGCAUCCCUCGAGAGGCCACUAGUUCAUCUUCAGUGCAGCCACCUCUCACACCUGCGGAGACUCUACCUCCCGAGGGACGAGUCACCCAACAGGUCCAGGAGUUCGAGAACUUGAGACAACAGCGCCAAGAUACGCUCGCGGAUGACGAGCUCGAGCUCUGGAGUGGAUCGCUCUUCAACUAUUCCCUCGGAGACACUGACCUGCACCUCGACAAGUCUGGACAAUGGAACUUCAUGGCCAAGAGAAACGACGAGAUCUCCUUGAAGGACUUGAGCCGAGAGGAGAAGACUCUCUUCGACCAGUCUGACGAGGUGGAGUGGGGAGCCGUUACCCAGACGGGUGCCGUCGACGUCAUCUAUGGCAAGGAGGCAGAAGCGGCUCGCAAGCAAUACCCUGAUCGCAUUCUUUCCUCAAGAAUGGUCAGGCGCAAGAAGCCACAACCAGAGCUACACUCAUGGAAGGCAAAGAGCCGCUGGUGCAUCCACGGACACGUCGACCCAGACACCAAGUGGCUCAGCACCUAUGCUCCAACUCCCCAAGGGGAAGGUCUGAUGCUCUUUCUACAGACGGCCUUGAACCUGGGCAUGACGUGUGCUUUUGCAGACGUCAAGAAUGCUUUCUGCCAAUCCCGUCCUCUUCAACGUGAACGGGGUCCACUGUUUGCAGAACCUUGUGAGGGCCUCCGUCUUCAACCAGGGGCUCUCAUCCGCAUUCUGGUGCCAGUCUACGGGCUGGAUGAUGCUCCUGCUGAGUGGCGCCGCACUGUGACCAGCUUCUUGACGGAGGAUCUUGGCUUCAAGAGGAACCUCGUGGAGCCCUGCUGGUUCUCGAGAUACUCCGAACAAGGAAAGUGCACUGCACAGGUCUUGGUGGAAGUGGAUGACUUCAUCGUCACGGCUCUACCAUCUCACUAUGAGGCUCUACGCCAGGCUAUGACCAAACGAUUCCACUUCGGCAAGUGGGAGAAAGAUGAGGCUGAGUAUGCAGGCCGACAUGUGCGAGUGACUCCUGAAGCCAUCUACGUGGACCAGGCCAAGUACAUCACUGAGCAGAUCCACCCAAUUCAACUGCCUCGUGGCAGGCGCGGACAACACUCGAUGGCCCUCAACGAGGAAGAGUUCAAGGCACUAAGGUCGCUCAUCUUCAAGAUCAACUGGGUUGGGAGAGAGAGCCGACCGGAAGCUGCUGGCAUUGCAUCUCUGAUGGCAAGUCGUCUUCCUCAGGCCAACGUCGGAGAUGUAGCUAUUGUUAACCGAUUCGUGAACUUCCUGCGCACUACUGCCAGUCGCCCGCUGAAGUUGUGGAAGUUCGACCCCUUUGGCAUGUGCUUCAUCGCUGUGUCCGACGCGGGCGGCAUCAACAUGCAGGGAAGUGACCUGGUUGACCAUGACGGCCUCCCGAUGGACGCGACCCAGGGGGCAUGGAUGGUGCUCACGGCCGAGAAGCUGCCUCAGGGAAAGACGGCAGUGCGAGCCUCACCAAUCACUUGGCGGUCCUCCCGCCUUCGGCGGAAGGUAUUCUCUACCUUCGGAGGAGAGACACAAGCCAUGUUGCAAGGCGUCAAUGAGGUGGACUGGCUCCAGGUGAUGUACCGGGAUGCAGUCUACCAUGACGUGCAGCUCUCGUCAUGGAGGAACUGUUUGAGCCCACACAUGUUGGUGAUGCGCGGACAAUGUCACCUUGGAGGGCGGCAACAGCAGUGCUCAGUGACGGACGCGAAGAGUUUGUUUGACUGCUUGCUUCGGGAGAAUCCCACUGGCAAGCAGGAUCGCAAGAGUGCUUUAGAGCUGGCUAUCAUUUUGAAGGACUUGCAAGAAACCAAGUCCAUGGUUCGGUGGGUUCCCCACCAGAAGAUGCUGGUGGAUGGGCUCACCAAGUUGGACCCUUUGAAGGCCAACGAUGCUUUGCAUCAGUUCAUUCGUAGCGGUUGGCUCAGUCUUGUCGAUGUGCAGGAGGAACUGGGUCACCGAAAGGAAGAUCCUGCUUUUAAGAGACGCACAGAAGCGGCUGCUUGCAGAGUAUGA